GUAUUCAGCUGUUGCAUUUUUUGGUGUUAACAAUUGAACUUCACUCGGAAUCUCAGAACCAAUCAGUUUUCUUCCAUCAAGAUCUUCUAUCGUUAUCCUUAACACCGAGGCCUGCAUAUCAUUGUAUGUAAGUACACAUUGUCCCUGAAUAAUUAUUAUACUAAUUAUUAUACUUGCUAUAAUGAGGAAUAUUUGAGAGCUACAUUUUUAUUUUAACCAACUAAUUAACAAAACACUUCAGGUGACAAAUGCUUCCUAUAUUCUGAAACAGUUGCUACAUCAGUUAAAAAGUCUAGUUAAACAAGCAUGGUGUGGGUUUGUUGUCCCCCACAAGGAAAUUGGGGAGGGGAUUACAGAUCAUUCUCUGUCUGUCCGUUCGUAUGUCUCUUUGUACGUUAGUAAAGCAAGAUAUCUCUGAGAGCACUGGGCUGAUUUUGACAAAAACUUAGGUGAAUGAUCCUUAUUGCCAUAGAGAUCCAUCAUUUACAAAAUUACACUGAUUGGUCCAAGGCGGGAGCUAUAGCAAUUAACUGCAAUUUGUUAGUCACACGCAAUAUCUAAAUUGUCCCAUAUCAAAUCAAAUGUUAUUUGUCAGAUGCGCCGAUACAACAGGUGUAGUAGACCUUACAGUGAAAUUCUUACUUAACCAACAAUGCAGUUGUAAGAAAAUAUGUUUUUUUUAAAGUAAGAGAUAAGAAUAACAAAUAAUAGCAGCAACAUAAUGUAAAAACAUACAUGCCGAUAAGACGGCAGCCCUCCCCUCUGGCGCCAUCGUGAAAUAAAUUGGGGGCUAUUGCAUCAUUCGUGGGGGACAACAUGUUUACUGUUGCCUUGUUUUCACGUGGUUGACUUUGGCCUCCUAGUGUUCUGUUUUGAAUUCAAAAGUAUGAUGUUAGUAUGAUGUUUAAUGUGAGGUGAGUAGACUGUUGAGUGUAGUGCUUUCCAUCAAGCUGUCUCUUAACCUUGACUACACUGAUUGACACAUCUAGCAUUGAGUUCUGAAAUGUUCAAAGUAGGUGACUGUUGCUAUCCCGGGCAAAUAACAGGCUUUGUUCAGUCACUUAACCAACUUUAUUAUCCAUAAUGUAUAGGAAUGCAUGAACAGGCAUGUUACCAACAAACAAACAUUCAUCUGUCUCCAACAUCUGCUCCUCUGUUGUCAGAGAUAGACCCUGCAGCAGCUGAACAGGAGGGGAGGGACUCAACUCUCUCACUUGCAGACAUAACUGUUAAUGAAUCCCAAAUAAUGAAGUUAAUAUAGUUCAUCACGUACAUUUAUCUGUUUAAAUCAAAAUAUUUGUGCACAUUAGGUACAUCUCUAGUAGGGACACGAUUGGCUGGAACGAUUUUUCAGAGUGAUUGCAGAGCGAGGGGCAGUGUAAUACGGUCUGUGUGUAGCUGGUAUAGGGGAGUGCGCAGGACAGCAGAUAUGAGUAAAUUAAGGUACUUUACUCAAAAUAUACAAAUGCGAUACAAUGAAGAGAGCUCACAUUAACGGACCUUACUACAUACAAACAAUUACCCACAAACAGACUACUGGGAACGGAGGGUUAAAUAAUGAACAAGUCAUUGGGGGAUUGAAACCCAAUGUUUAAUUUAAAUGUACCUUUAUUUUACUAGGCAAGUCAGUUAAGAACAAAUUCUUAUUUUCAAUGACGGCCUAGGAACAGUGGGUUAACUGCCUGUUCAGGGGCAGAACGACAGAUUUGUACCUUGUCAGCUCGGACUAGCAACCUUUCGGUUACUAGUCCAACGCUCUAACCAGUAGGCUACCCUGCCGAUGUGUAAGACAAAGACAAAACAAAUGGAAAAUGAAAAGUGGACCAGCGAUGGCUUGAAGGCCGGUGCUGGAUCUUCUCUCAGAAUAUUUUACAUACUGAUAGCUGACAAUGCGUGAUGACAAUUUCACCAAAUGUUUAAAAAAAAUCUUACCUAAUGCAGCUUUAACAUGAAAGCUUACUUAAAUUAGAUAAUCUAUUUCCAUAUUUGAAUCUGAGGCCGGCAUUAGCGUUGUAUGUUAGUAAAAUCAAAUCUUAAACUACUCAUCUUGCUAAGUGUAAAAAAAGAAUGUUGAACAAUGUUAUUACUAAUUAACUGCACAUUUCAUGGAACAAGCGGUUCCUAAAUGAUGUUGACUUACUGGUCAUUAUUUGCAGUUGAUCGGUAUAUAUGACAUGGUGUUUUGUAUUCACAUUGUUCACCUGUUAUUGUUUUUGUUUUCACAUGGUGGACGUUGGCCUGCCCUGCUGAUACUGUGUAAUAUGUGUUCAGAUAUUUCAAAGCAGCGACUUUGUUUGGGGAGGUUACUUGACGCACACUCAAACUCAACAUGGCAACCAGACUGACAACGAUCGGUGGUGGAGGAGGCAUGCCAUUUGAAUUCCACGGUAUGAAAAACGGUGCCACCCUCAAGAAGAUUGGAGUGGCGGUGGAAGGCUGGCAGGUGAAAGCUGUGCGGGCGGAGCUAACCGAUGGGCGUGUUGCGACCUUUGGAGAAGCGAAAACUUUCAUUGAGUUUGAGUUUGACCUCGGCGAGCACAUCACCAAGCUGUCUCUGUGGGGCAACGGCGCCGGCACACGUCUGGGUGCCAUCAAGUUCACGACGAGUAAAGAACGAGAGUUCUUUCAAAAAAUGACCAGCUGGGGACUGAAGAAAGAGUACACCAUAGAUGUAGGGUCUGGAAUCUGCCUGGGGCUGCAGGGCAGGUCUGGCGCGGACAUCGACUGCAUGGGCUUCCUCUUCAUCAACGCUGUCAAGUCGACCGAUCUGACUGACAUGAAAUAUCCCACCCUGUCCCUCUAUAAACCCCAGGUGACCCCAGAAUAUGUGAAAUCCAUUUCUCACCACAAUGACACCUCCUUGGUUCAAGAAGAAUCUGUUACAUACAGCAAAACCAUGACCAAGACUUCCUCCUGGUCCGUCAGCAACAAGAUCGAGUCCACCUUUGAAGUGACUGUCAAAGCGGGGAUCCCGGAUCUGGUCGAGCUGUCAUCAGGGUUCAGCUUGACCGUGGGAGUGGAGCGUUCCUCCAGCCUGGAGAAGUCAGAGUCCAUAAUAGAAUCGGAUACCAUCAACGUGAAGAUCCCGCCAGGGAAGACCAUAGAUAUUGAGAUCACAGUGGGGAAAGCAAAUAUCAACCUCGACUACGAGGCCAAUGUGAAAGUCACCUGCAUGAAUGGCAGUCAGCUGGUCUUCCCAUCCAAAGGCAUCUACAAUGCUGUUACUUACACUUCAGCGAGGGUAUCCACAAAGGAGAGAUGAGACAAGUGUGUGACAUCCUGAAUAAUAAGCACAGUGAUAGAAUGUGACACAAUUACUAAUUAUUUGUGUGCCUUCUCUGUUAUUAUGAUCAUCUUUUGAGCGAUUCUAAUUGAACCAUGUUGCCUCAGCUCUUUAUUUCUGUCUCAGCAGAGGGUAUAACAACAGCUGGGUCAUUCCUACAAUCCGGUGCCUUUUGUGUGAAUGAUUGAGCAACAUUCACUACGAAAUGUUUUCUUACAUGCUUAGACCCCAUUUACCAUAAAAAACAAUGUUAUGUAACUGUAAUAAAUUUCAUUUAUAAUAAAGAAUUUGUCUGGUGUGUCAGUAACCUUU